AUGAAUGAAUUUCAUUCCUCAUCAUCAUCGCCAUAUGACAUUCUUCAACUACCCUCUCAUGCCACUCUAAAUGAAAUUAAGCAACAAUAUAAAAUUCUUGCAAAAUUAUAUCAUCCUGAUGCAGCCAGUAAUAACUCCAGUUCAACGAGUCAUCAUGAAAAAUUUAUUGAAUUACAACAAGCCUAUGAAUUGUUACGGGAUUCUAAAAAAAGAAGAAACUACGAUAAACAAUUUCAUUUAAACAAGUAUCAUUUAGAAAAACAAUAUAUUGGUAAUAUUAGUGAUUAUGUAUUGUUAUCGGAAAUGAGAUUUAAUGAAAUGAAUGAUUGUUGUGAAAUGGAUUGUCGAUGUGGUGGAUUAUAUAUCAUUUCUAUGAAUGAUAUUGCAAAUAAUAGUAAUAAUGAAACACUUGGAUACUUUAAAUCCUAUAAUAUUAAUUGUAAUAAUUGUUCAUUAAUUAUUCAAGUUGAAAAUGAUAUGGAUGAAGAUGAUGAAGUAGAGUCUCAUCAUGAGAAUCAAUGA